AAAGUAGAGUAGGCAGUCUGUUUUUAAUUCCUUUGAGUAGAUAUGUUCUAUAAGUUUACAAACUAAAUUUAAGUUUUUAAAGAAUAUGGCGGAUGUGCCGCAGCAGCCUCAGUGGGGCAUUAAGCUCUCAAAAUUCUUUGUAGUACCUCAACGCUGGAUUCUGGCCGUUAUGGGAUUCUUUGCCAUCUUUAAUGCCUACACCAUGCGGGUCUGCCUGUCGCAGGCCAUCACCGUGUUGGUGGUGAAGAAGAACUAUACCGACAAGCCCCACGGCGAAUCAAUCUGCGAGGCGGACGAAGAUAGCGCAGGUCCAACUAGCCGGGAAGGAGGCGACUACGAUUGGUCCGAGGAGAAGCAGGGCUUGAUACUGGCCUCCUUCUACAUUGGAUACAUUGUAACGCACUUGCCGGGUGGCAUAUUGGCUGAUAAAUUCGGCGGAAAAUGGACCUUGAGCAUUGGCAUUUUUUUCACGGCGCUUUUCACUUUCCUCACACCGGUAUGUAUCGUCUAUGGCGGAGCCGAUGCCCUGAUCGUGCUCCGUGUACUCAUGGGAUUGGGUGAGGGGACCACUUUUCCGGCCCUGAGUGUUCUACUGGCCGCCUGGGUGCCGGCGAGCGAGAGAGGAAUGCUGGGUGCCCUGGUUCUGGGCGGCGGUCAGGUGGGUAGCAUCGCUGGCAAUCUGCUAUCCGGCUUGAUACUCGACUCCAUGGACUGGCCCUGGGUAUUCUACAUCUUUGGAAUCAUAGCGACGGUGUGGUUCAUUGUUUUCACGCUGAUCUGCUUCAGUACUCCCUACACUCAUCCCUUUAUCAAGCCAACGGAGCGCGAGUUCUUGGCCACGGAAAUACCGCCACAGGACAAGAACAAGCCGAAAACGCCCUUCAAGGCCAUCUUCACGAAUGUGCCCAUGUGGGCACUGAUCAGCGCCCAGAUUGGUCACGACUGGGGCUUCUACAUUAUGGUAUCGUAUCUGCCCAAGUAUAUGGCCGAUGUGUUGCGUUUCUCGAUCAAGUCGAAUGGCCUGUAUUCCUCGUUGCCCUAUGUUACCAUGUGGAUCAUGUCGCUAACCAGCGGCUGUGUGGCCGAUCAGAUGAUCAAACGUCAUUGCAUGAACACCACGAACACGAGGAAGCUGAUGACGGGACUGGCCGCUUUUGGGCCCGCCCUCUUCAUGGUAGCCGCCUCCUACGCCGGAUGCAAUCGGGCCCUGGUCGUGGCGCUGUUUACGAUCGCCAUGGGUCUGAUGGGCACCUACUAUGCCGGCAUGAAGCUGACGCCGCUGGACAUGAGUCCCAACUAUGCCGGAACACUGAUGGCCAUCACCAAUGGCAUUGGUGCGAUCACGGGCGUGGUAUCGCCCUAUCUGGUUGGUGUGAUGACCCCGAACGCCACCCUGUUGGAGUGGCGAAUCGUGUUUUGGGUGGCCUUUGCCGUCCUCUGUAUCACGGCGGUGGUCUACUGCAUUUGGGCCUCUGGCGAAAUUCAGCCCUUCAACGAUGGCACCAACUCAAACAAGAAGAAGGUCGAUACAUGAUCUGCAGCUUUUUAUUUGCCCCCACAUGGUUUUAUAAGUGGUUGUCUACUUCUUAUUAAUUUGAGUAAAAAUUUAUAUGACUAUGGA